UUCUCUGUCAGAAAGUCAUUUUCCUGUGGGAAAGCAAUGAAAUCUGCAGGGGACAUAAAUUCUGCACAUGUGCAGUGGCGCAGAAUUCCCCCAGGAGUACUCUUGGCAGUUCAGGGAUUUGGGCAAUGAAGAUGCCACAGAGAACACCACAAAGACUGCGCUGAAACAGAGCCUGCCUGCUCCCCUGUGCCUGAGGGACACCUGGAGCCAGGGGGAGGCUGAGCCAUGAGCCCAGCUGCAGAAGCCCGCACAUAGGUGGGACCACCCCACUGUUUGAGUUGUGCUCUUGGGUGGGAGGGAACAGUUGUUACGAGGCCAGAGCCUGCCUGUUUGCAUCCCGGGAAGGUGGACUUAAGCCCAGGGGACCAAGUGUCCACUCUGCAAAGAGGGUGCUCUGCUCAUGCUCCCAAGGAUUCCUAUUUGGGUGGAAGGGUCUUGACACCUUUGGGUGCGUUUCCAGAUGCUGAGGCCAUCAAAACAUUGUGCUUGUCUAAGCAAACCUUGAGCGUCAGCAAUAAAUGGCCUUUGUUCUCAUUUCUUUAUUUUAAAGAAACUGCAUAUUCGACAAUAAGGAUCCAACCACACUCCGGCUCCUGCUGUUGCAACACAAGAGUACCCGAAGUAUCCAGUCUGGUGCUGGCUCUUAUGGAGCAGCUGUCCGCCUGCCAUGCUACAGCCAAUAUCUUUAGCAACACCUUAGGUGAUUCGUGAUGGAAGGGUGUGAUAUCUGUUGGUGGGCAGGAUAGCUUUUAAGUCAAGAUUCAUGUGGGCACUUCUCAUCUGACUGUUACCCCGAUAUGGCUGGCUGGGUCAGGCGGCUCCUGCAGAAACCCAAGCAAAGCUCCAGCUCCACAGGAAGCAGCUUGAACACCAAACAGUCACGCUCUUCCUCUUCCUCCUCCUCGGUGACAACCGCCAGCUCUUCCACCAGCAGUUCAGUGGCCAGCCUAGGACAACUGUCUCCUGCCUCCCAGGUGAGCAUCAGCAGCUCAGGGAGUGCCCGCUGGGCCAAGAGCUACGACGUGUGCAUCUGCCACAGCAACGGGGACUUUGAGUUUGUCGAGGAGAUGGUCUCGUAUCUGGAGAGCCAGACUGAGGGCAUCCGCUGCUUCCUGCAGCUGCGGGAUGCCAUGCCGGGGAGUGCUAUCACCACAGAGCUCUGCGACGCCGUCCAGAACAGCCACUGCUGGGUCCUGCUCAUAACCCCUAGCUUCCUCGAGGAUCCCUGGUGCAGGUACCAGAUGCAUCAGGCGUUGGCAGAGGCGCCGAUGGCCAAUGGACGCACCAUCCCCGUGCUGAAGGGCAUUGACCGGAGAGACUACCCCCGGGAGCUGAGGUGCCUCUAUUACAUCGAUGUGACGCGCAAGGAGAAUGGCUUCAGGCAGAUUAAGGACACGAUCCUGCGCUACCUGCAGGAGCUCUGUCGAAGCACUGUGAGCAGAAUAGAGUGACUGGAGUCCUGCAGGGGAAGGGAGCACCUUGAGAAAGCAGAUCCCGGCCGACGGGAAAUGGAACAAGAAUCCACACUGCUGUUUCCAAAGUCUCUGGAGCUGCCUCAUUUGAUCUCAGUGGAGAGCAGUUUCCAGGUGGCCUACGGCCAAGUUCCCCGAUGCACAAAGCACCUGUAGAAUUACAAAUGGGAACCGACUCUCACGAGGGCUUCCGAACGGAAGCAUUUCUCUCGCGUCAGGCUGCUCAACACCAUGAACACUAAUACCAGGCACUGCUGAGAGGACAAGCAAAAUGUCUACCAUCAAUGGAGAGUGAGGCGUACGUGUGGCUUCUGGUGCUAAAGACUUGGAAGAAGCAUGAGGCUUGUUCCACGUUGUACUGUACAGUGCAGGAGACUUGGCUGGAACUUGGAGCUUGAGUGUUGGUGACUCCAAGUAGUCGAGGGUAAACACAGGUAAAUGGCGUUUACCCACUUCUCAUUUGGGGAGUAGGGAGUCUAGUUUAGGUUUCUUCCUUUCAGGAAGCUGAUAGGCAGCUAAAUCGCUAACGACCUUCCAAAAGCCAGUUUGGAGCUCUUACAAUACCUAUGUUCAAUUCCCCCAAGCCCCAAGGAGCAUAGGCACCGACUCCAUUAUAUACACUCCACAGCUGUUUGGGUGGCAGCCACCGAUCAGUUGGGGAAGGCGUUUGGGGGAAGGUGGAGAGCAGCAGGCAGGUGAGGGAUGGAACAGGGCAGGAAGAGGUGGAGCGAGGGCAGAGCCUUGGGGCAGGACAGUGGAGCACCCCCGGGGGUGGCGGGGGACUCAGCGCCUAUGUCAAGGAGUAUAAACUGACAUGAAGUUUCCCCUUUUGGAGCUGUGACGCUCGUAUGAAGAGGAGCUAGUGUAACGUCAGUUUUAGUUUUGAUUUUUACAAUUGUAAUUUAAACGUGUGUACAAAUGA